AUGCCCUCUUCCAUCGCCACCCACCUCCUCAAAGCCGCCGCCGCAAAGCCCCUCUUCUCCCCCCGCGCGGCCCAGAUCCCCGCGCUCCCCCGCCCGCCCGCCGCCCGCCGCCCCCCCGCGCCCGCCACCGCCGCCUGCCGCUGGUUCCGGUGGCCGUCGCCCGCGAGGGGGCUCUGCUCCUCGCCGCAUUCCGGCCCUGCCGAGGGGAUGGGAUCUGACGGCACGGGGGCCAGGAGGCGGCUGCCGCCAGCCAACGGUUUGUCCAAGGAAGGGGCGCCGCCGCAGCCCGUCCCGCCCAGGCUGCUCACGCUGCCCACCGUGCUCACCAUUGGCCGCGUCGCCGCCGUCCCGUUCCUCAUAAGCACUUUCUACAUGGAAGGUCCUUGGGCAGCAACUGCCACAACUGGCAUCUUCCUUGCUGCAGCAAUCACUGAUUGGCUAGAUGGUUAUAUCGCGAGAAAGAUGCAUUUGGGAACACCUUUUGGUGCAUUUCUUGAUCCUGUGGCCGACAAGCUUAUGGUAGCUGCAACACUAGUGUUGCUGUGCACCAAACCUUUGGAAACUUCACUGCUCACGAAUGGACCAUGGCUUCUGACAGUUCCUUCCAUUGCCAUCAUUGGGAGAGAGAUCACAAUGUCAGCUGUUAGAGAGUGGGCUGCGUCUCAGAAUACCCAAGUUCUUGAGGCUGUGGCAGUAAACAAUUUAGGGAAGUGGAAGACAGCGACACAGAUGACAGCAUUGACUCUGCUCCUUGCCAGCAGAGACCCGAGUCUACAUGUACAAGGUGCUCUAGUCCCCCCUGGUGUCGCGUUGCUCUAUGCAUCUGCUGGACUUGCCAUAUGGUCCCUAGUGUGGACAGUGUUUGAAUAUGACAUGAACAAAGUUUGUCAAUAUAUGAUAGCACUCAUCAAAGAUGGGAGCUCCCACACCUGCAUAGAAACCUCCUUUGCGCAUAGUGCUAAUAUAACAUCAACAUUGUCGGAGUUGACGACCAGCCGGUUGCAGCCAACAGUCUGCGCUAAAUGUAAGCCAAAUCUUAGCGCCAUUGUCUCCACUCGCUGCGCGGACGCCGGCCACCUCGCCGCCGGCAGGCAGCUCCACGCCCGCCUCGCCACCCUCUCCGUGAUCCCCUCCAACUUCCUCGCCUCCAAGCUCAUCUCACUCUACUCCAGAACCGGACGCCUGCACGACGCCCGCAGGGUGUUCGACGCCAUCCCGCAGCCCAACCUCUUCGCCUGGAACGCCAUCCUCAUCGCGCUCUCCCUCCACUCGCCCCAGCCCUCCGCGGCUCUUCGCCUCUUCGCGGCCUCAGGCGUGUCCCCCGACGAGAUCACCGUCUCCGCGCUCCUCAAGUCCCUCGCCGCGUCCGGGCCGGGCCUGUCCCCUCUCGUCGCCGGGGAGCUCCACGCCCUUGCGUUCCUGCGCGGGUUUGGCGCGGACCUCUUCGUGUCCAAUGGGCUCAUCACCGCCUACGCGAAUGCUGAGGACAUGCGCUCCGCUCGCGCGGUGUUCGACCAAAUGCCAGGCAAGGAUGUCGUGUCCUGGAACUCUCUUAUAUCAGCGUACGCUCGUGGAGGACGGUACGCAGAGCGCUUGGAGUUAUUCCAUGAGUUGGUGCAGGCUUGCGCUGGUGGUGGCGUUCGGCCAAAUAGCGUCACGGUGACAAGUGUGCUGCAUGCUUGUGCCCAGCUCAAGGCUGUUGAUUUCGGGGUCUAUGCCCUCCGAAUUGCUAAUGAGAGUGGGCUUGAUAUGGACAUUGCAGCAUGGAACUCAGUCGUAGGGUUUUAUGCCAAAUGUGGGCGGUUGCACUAUGCACGCCAGUUGCUUGAAAGGAUGCCUAAGAAAGAUGCGGUCAGUUACAGCGCCAUGAUUACUGGUUACAUGAACAAUGGGCAUGUCGAUGAGGCAAUGGAUCUUUUCCGUCAAGCAGAUGCUAAAGGCAUCAACACGUGGAAUGCGUUGAUUUCUGGAUUGAUACAAAAUGGACACCAGUCUGAUGUUCUUGGAUUGCUUCAUGAGAUGAUGGGUGCUGGGAUACUGCCCAAUACAGCUACUCUUUCAAUCAUCAUGCCCUCAGCACCGUUGUUCUCAACCCUACUGGGAGCAAAGCAAGCUCAUGGUUAUGUGAUAAGAAAUGAUUAUGGUCAGAGCAACAAUGUUGUCAGUGCAUUGAUUGAUGCUUACUCAAAGGCUGGAUUUCUUGAUAUGGCCAGGAAGGUGUUUGAAUUGCAUGAGAAUAGAAGCACAAUUGCCUGGACAUCGAUCAUUUCGGCUGUCGCAGCUCAUGGAGAUGUUACAGACGCAUUGGACCUGUUCAAUCAGAUGGUCAGUGCUGGCACUAGGCCUGAUACUGUAACUUUCACUGUUGUGCUUACUGCAUGUGCUCAUGCGGGAAAGGUAGCCGAAGCUCGUGAAUUUUUUCACUCCAUGCAAGCUAUGUUUGGUAUCAGUCCUGUGAUGGAGCAGUAUGCUUGCAUGAUUUCUGUACUCAGUCGUGCUGGUAUGCUUAAGGAUGGGCUUGACCUUGUAAACAAGAUGCCUUUUGAGCCAAAUGCAAAGGUCUGGGGUGCACUGCUUAAUGGAGCAGCAGCAGUUGGUGAUGUUGAGCUUGGUCGGUUUGUGUUUGAUCGACUGUUCAUAAUAGAGCCUAAGAACACAGGUAACUAUGUUGUGAUGGCUAAUCUGUACUCAAAUGCUGGCAAAUGGGAAGAAGCUGAAAUCAUAAGGAGCAUGCUGUGGGGAGUUGGAUUGGAGAAAGUUCCUGGGUGUAGCUGGAAUUAA